CAUCAAGGUAGCUGAGCUCCCAGAGGAAGAUCACUCUGCCUGUUUCAAGGCCUUAUCAAUGGGAUGUAGGCAGUUCUCCAAGAAGAGAGACCAUGGAGCCAGGAAGAGGAGGCCCACAAAUCAAUGAGACACUGAGACACUGAGACAAUGAGACACUGAGAGACACUGAAGAAAUGACUAGAGAUCUGGCUUCAAAACAGGAUGAAUGACUGCCCAAUGCUGACCCCUUCCUCAGCCGCCACAGCCCUGGCCAAGAGGGAGGCCUCUGGCAUCUGCACAGUAGCCACCUCCUGUUAAGGUGGUGCACGCUGGGGAAAACAGAAUGAAGCCUACCUGGUCGUCAGCUCCAAAGGAGAAGGUCCAGCAAACCUGUGUGAGAAACAUCAAGCUGCAGGAUUUCUCAGGUUCCCAUCUCUUUUGCAUUCCAAGAGCCACUGGGGAUGGAUACUCAGGGUAAAGUACGGACUGUGCUACUCUGGCCAAUGCCAGCCCCGUCCACUCUGGCCAUCAUUUGCACAGCCUUUGUCACUUGCUCCUGACUGCCAACAUCCAGGCUUCACAGAUGUCUUUUGGUGCUGCAUCUCAGGCUACGCAUCAGUCACUGUUCAGUUGUGGAUCUGGACCAGAGCAGGAAGACCCCGCCGAAGCUGUGCCAGGAUGUGCGACGACGAGGAGACCACCGCUCUUGUGUGCGACAACGGCUCCGGCCUGGUGAAGGCGGGCUUCGCUGGGGAUGACGCGCCCCGUGCCGUCUUCCCGUCCAUCGUGGGCCGCCCGCGCCACCAGGGAGUCAUGGUGGGUAUGGGUCAGAAGGACUCCUACGUGGGUGAUGAGGCCCAGAGCAAGCGAGGUAUCCUAACUCUCAAGUACCCCAUUGAGCACGGCAUCAUCACCAACUGGGAUGACAUGGAGAAGAUCUGGCACCAUACCUUCUACAACGAGCUCCGCGUGGCCCCUGAGGAGCACCCCACCCUGCUGACUGAGGCCCCACUGAACCCUAAGGCCAACCGUGAGAAGAUGACUCAGAUCAUGUUUGAGACCUUCAAUGUCCCUGCCAUGUACGUAGCCAUCCAGGCGGUGCUGUCCCUGUAUGCUUCUGGCCGUACCACAGGCAUUGUUCUGGACUCUGGGGAUGGUGUAACUCACAACGUUCCCAUCUAUGAGGGCUACGCUUUGCCCCAUGCCAUCAUGCGUCUGGAUCUGGCUGGUCGGGAUCUCACUGACUACCUCAUGAAGAUCCUCACUGAGCGUGGCUAUUCCUUUGUCACCACCGCUGAACGGGAAAUUGUCCGUGACAUUAAAGAGAAGCUGUGCUAUGUUGCCCUGGAUUUUGAGAAUGAAAUGGCCACGGCUGCCUCUUCCUCCUCCCUAGAGAAGAGUUAUGAGCUGCCCGAUGGCCAAGUCAUCACUAUUGGCAACGAGCGCUUCCGCUGCCCUGAGACACUAUUCCAGCCCUCCUUCAUUGGUAUGGAAUCUGCUGGCAUCCAUGAAACAACUUAUAACAGUAUCAUGAAGUGUGACAUUGAUAUCCGCAAGGACCUGUAUGCCAACAAUGUCUUAUCUGGAGGUACCACCAUGUACCCUGGUAUUGCUGAUCGCAUGCAGAAGGAAAUCACUGCCCUGGCUCCCAGCACCAUGAAGAUUAAGAUUAUUGCUCCCCCUGAGCGUAAGUACUCUGUCUGGAUCGGGGGCUCCAUCCUGGCUUCCCUGUCCACCUUCCAGCAGAUGUGGAUUAGCAAGCAAGAGUAUGAUGAGGCAGGCCCGUCCAUCGUCCACCGCAAAUGCUUCUAAGGUGCCUUCUCUCUUAGUCUACCUUACAUUCAGGAUGACAGUAUUAUGCUUCUUGGAAUCUUCCGAACCACCCUCCCUUAUCUCUCAUCAAUCAUUGUACAGUUUGUUUACACAUGUGCAAUUUAUUUGUGCUUCUAAUAUUUAUUGCUUUAUAAAUAAACCAGACCCGGACU